UGUCUGCAAGUCGUUCUGCUCGUUCCGCGUGGUUUUUCUUAACUACGUUGGUAACAAUAAUAUAUCGAUCCGCGGGAGAACCGACGUCGCUAACAGUAUGCAGUCAGCCGGAUAUUUUCACGGUCCAAAUAACCGAAAACGAGCAUGUUGUCCACGAUACCGAAUUAUUGAUCAGGUACAACCCACACGUCGAACUUUUCUCAUAUCCUGACGUAAAUUCAACGAUAAUUCUCUUCAACGAGACCGUCAUAGAAUUUACAGAAUAUAUGUCUCUUGAAUAUCCAGCAAUUCAAUCAAACCUCUUAUCCGAACGAGUUUCUUGGAAUGCCAGUGGUAUCAUUUUAGGAAUCGGCACGCUUCAAGAACUAAGUAGCAAGGAUUAUGCGGCCCGAGAACAUUUUUGCUUAUUUUUGCCUACGAAUAUCGAAAGCAGCGCUAAUUUAUCAAAAUCCGUGGAGAACAAGAUCAUUCACGACGCGCUGUCUUGUGCCGCAAAGCGUCUUUUUGAGAGAAUAAGAAUGACAAAACUUCAAAAUGUCAAUAUAUACAAUGAAUAUGAACCUAACGUAAUUAAUGAAUCUCGUAAUUUUCGUUCUUCCACAUCGAGUGAUAAGAUACAGAUAAGCGUAAAUGCGGUUGUGAAUUUUAUUUUACAACAGAUAAUAAAGUACAUUAAACAAAAUAGUAAAUUCGCAGUCAAAAUUCCUAACGUAACAGAAACACAAAGCAUAGGAUUUGGAAUAAAGUAUCAUUUGAAAACAUAUAAUGGAACUUUUGAGGAUCUUUCGACUCUAAAAAGAACGGACGAUGCGAUUAUAUAUAUCGAGAAAACACGUAUUAUAGUACAAGUUGGUUUUGGAAUUUCUUUAGCUAAAUUCAACUAUGAUUAUUACAAGCUUGAUGUUGGUCUAAUAUCGAUUAAUGGCAAGAUGAGAGGAACCAUUGAUGGAUUAGCGAUAACAAUAAGAUUCGUUAUCGACUACAACGAUAUGUGCAAUAUGAAUAUAGACUCUAUCAAAAUAACAGAAUUUGGAAAUCUUAAUCUGAAAAUGACCGGCUUGGGCUUUCUUAGUAGACUAACAUCUACGACAAUGACCUGGUUGACGAAAAUGUGGCGAAACAAAAUUGUUGAAGCUAUUGAAAUUAAAAUCAAAGAUAUAAUUAAGAAACAAGUAAACCAAUUAUGUAAAGGUUAUGACGAAAAUCAAAAAAAGAUAACGAAAUAUAUACUUUCGAUUUUGUAAACAUAAUAAAUUUCUGCAUAUGACGACAUGUAACGAUUAAUUUAUACAUGAUUUUAGAAUAAAAAUUUGCGCAUCCGUCUAUUGUAACUAAUACAAAUAAAGUGUGUAACUAAUACAAAUUUGAUUUAUGUUGUCUGAAUGUGAACACUUUUUUUUUUUUUAUUUUCAAGUAUCACAUUUUACAAAUCAUAUAGAAUAAUAUACAUAGACUGUGUUUGGGAAGCGCGCUAUUGUUCAUUCUAUCUUUAUCAAUCAUUAAUUGCAAAAUAAAGAUAGAAUGACGCAAUACUCCGCGCUCUCCAAAAAACCGC